CAGCCCCGGCCAGCCGGGCGUUCUCCCUGCCCCAGAUCGUGCUCACCGAGUGGGUGUCGGAGCCGCCGUCCCCCGAAGCCGAGCCGGAGCCGUGGCUGGCACCGGGCAGCGCAGCAGGAGCGCGGCUGCCACCCGAGGGGACAAGGAGGGGCCUGGCGGUGGCUCCUGGCAGCUCCUCAAAGUCCCCGCUGGCACAGGAACGCCCUCCAGCCCCGCCGGCCCCCGGCAGCACCUCCCGGGAGUUUCCUUUGGCGGCCGCGCCUUUCCCGAGGGAUAAAAUGGGGGGACAAGGAGGGGACGCGGCUCUGGACGCUGCCAGCAGGCCAGGAGGAGGCGACAAGAUUUGUCCCCAAAGUCGCGGGGCUCCUCGGAGCCACGGGGAAGGUGCCGGAGCUGCGGAGGCCGCGCUCCCCUCCAUCGGUGCCGCGAUCAUUCCCCAAAUUCCCGAUGGGGAUCCCCAGAGAGGAGCCGGGCUCGCUCCUGGACGCUCCGGCGGGGCUCCCAAAGCCGCGUGGAGAGAGGAGAGCCCGCUGCCGCAUGCCGGGAUUCCCGCGGGCACGGAUCCAGAGGGACAUUCCCGGCAGGAGCAGCCCCUGGAGCAGAUUCCUGCCCGCUCCAGCCACUCCACGGCACCUCCGGGAUGGGAUGGAGGGGCUCCGGCUGCCGGGGGCGACCCCGGAACGGAGGGGAAAGUGGCGGAGGGGCUCUGCAGAGGCCGCUUGUCCCCCGGGCUCCCCCCGGCCCCGGGCAAAAAGGAGAUUUAUGAGGACACCUACCAGAGGCUGGACAGCCUGGAGGAAACCAUCCGCGAGCUGGAAAUGACCAUCAGCGAGAUCAGCAGCCACCCCGCCGUGGAACUGGCGUUCCCCAAGGACGCGCUGGGAUCCGAGGAGGCCGGGAAGAGCCUGGGGGACCUCGGGCUCGGAGGCUGCGACGGUGACACCGCGCUGGACCUCAGCCAGGCCAAGGAUGGCGCUGCCAAGAGUCCGAGCAGGACCAAGCCAGCGCUGCUCCCCAAGCCGCAGCUGCCCCCCGGCACUCGCCAGAGCGGUGGCGUCUCCAUCCCGGCCAUGAAGGUGGUGAACCCGGCGUCGCGGCUGAAGCAGGGCCAGCAGGGCAGCCCCGACAAGGGCAAGCACAUCAAGCAGCGCAUGGAGUACAUGCGGAUCCAGGGCCAGCAGCAGGUACUCCACCCCUAGAGCCGUCCCGGGGCUGCCCGCGGCCCCGGCAGCGCCCUCGGGCACGGCCUGAGCCGGGGACGCCCCCAGCGUGAUGAUUUUUGGGGCUGGGUUCUCUCUUUCUUGGUGCCUUCUCGGCUUCGGCUGAGCCCGGCGGGGUUGGGGACAAAGGGAGGCGGCUGUUGAGGCGCACGAGGGGCUCUUGUCACAGCCCGUGGGGACAGGGGACAGCGACACGACUUCGUGCUGAGAGACACAAACCCUGUGACUGUGACUGUCCUGGCUGUAGCCGCAGCCGGUUGUCCCCCAGCGCUGGGUGUCACGCUGCCGCGGUGGCGUUGUCCCCUCGCCCCUGGGGACAGUGACAUCUCCUUGGAGCGUGGCAGAGCCACGGAAGCUCUGGGGAUGGGAAUUCCCUCCCUGGGGCUCCUGUCCCGGGAGGUUUUGGGGACCCGGGACCCCGCCCCACGCAGCUUGUGGUGUCCCAGGCGGGGGUGGUGGCACCGGGGACACCGUGGGGACACCGUGGGGACGCCGUGGGGACAGGGUGAGCGGGCCACAGCAGCUGGAAGAGAAUUGGAUGGGAUGGAACAUCCCCAGCCCCCCAGCACUGACCCCUGCCCAUCCCGGGGGGCAGCUCCUGCAUCCCCCCAGCUCCGUCCCUGCUGUCCCCCCGGCUCCGGCCGUGCAUUCCCGGCCGGCUCGGGCCACAGGCCAGGGGAUCACGGCCACUCGGGUGUCCUCCCUCCCUGCUGACCCCUUGUCCCCGCUCCCAGCAGCCCUUUUCCCCUCGCUGGGCAGCAGCACCGCGAGCGGCUCCGCCUUGAGCCCUUCCUGCGCCCCCCCCUCUGUGUCCCGACCCCCUUUGCACCGCCAAAAUCCCGCAAUAAACCCGAUUCUGCUCAUUCUCGUGCAGCCGCCGGCCCUGUCGGACAAACCGGAGCUACUCCCUGCAGGGUUUUGGGGGGGAUUUCACGCAAUUUGGGCAAGUGUGGAAUGGGCAAAACGGACCCUGCGAGAAGGGUCAAACCCUCCCCUCGGCUGCUCCGUUCCCAGUGGGAAAAUUCCCCCAAGGAGGGUCCAUCCCCGAGCUCGGGGGGCGUCCCCUGGCUGUCCCCUCCGGCCUGCGGGGCUGUCCCGGCCCGUGGAAUCAGGGAGAGGCGGGGAGCUCCCUCUGGAUUCCCCCUGGACCGGAGAGAGGGGCCGGGGAGCAUCUCCUGACCCCACGAGACCACCGAGCCCCCUCCGCUGGAGGCCACACAGCCGCGGCUGCUCGGUGUCACCGCUGUCCGCCUCGGGGACACCU